AGAGAGACAGCGGUUUUAGUUAGAGAUGUUUGCACUCACCGUGAUCGUCCAUCUUGAUCGAACGCGAAUGAAUAUUUUAACCUCAAUUUAUGAUGUAUUAAUUAUGGUGCUGUUACAAUUAUGAGAUUAAUUAUCACCGGCAAAGGCUGCACGGGGUCUCUGAGUCGAUGUGUUCGAUCGGAGUUACCGCUGGUUUGGCGAUCGUCUGUGCGUGUGUGUGAGUCACCGCAGGCGAUCUGGAAUGCAGAGAUCGAUUAAUAUUAACGAGGUGUCUAUGAUAGGGGCGGCAGCAUAGAAGCAUAGCACCAGCAGCAGCACAACUCACCCCUUCUGCUGUCCUGGUCAAUAAAUGCAUUUCCUUUCCUGCAAGCUAGCGAACGGUUGCGUUGACGCGUACUCGCAGUUCAGCAACGUUUGCGUCAUCUCGCACCCAACAGUCACCUCGAGCCGGUCUUGAACGUAGCAGGCUGCCUGCUGGCUGGUCCGUCUUCUUACCUCUCUCUAGUGGUGGUAUCAGUUGGGUGAGAAAAUGGAAGACAAAGUGUGGCAGACUUCGCGGUGACUACCGAAAGUGUUGCGGUGCCAACAAUCGACCAAGUCCACGAUCGACGAUGACACCAUUUGUUUGCUAAUUAAUACCGACCCGUUCCAUCAAGGACAUAACACAGCUUUCAUCGGCCGGCUCCUCGCACGACUGUGGUGCCUUAUCGAGGGUCGUGAUGGUGAGAAAAACGGAUCAGCGCGUCAUCAAUCACAAGGGAAGCCAGAAGGAUCCGCUGUGCGAGGUAAUAACGAUGGAAACGAUACAGACAUAUAAGGGCCACAAGCCGGACCGGACGGUGGUGUUCAAGGAAAAGUACGAUCUCACCGGCAACGACAUGUCAAAGUCACUGUCGACUGGCAAGCUGGCGGUAGGUUCGCCCCGGCUUUCGAUCUCCCCGUUACGCACGAUCCUCACGACGAGUGCCGAGCUGGAGCGGACUCGUAGCGUGACUCCAACGAGUGUGAACGAUCGGAAUAACAACAGCAUGUUGGCCACCGCGCCAGUGGCCUCGAAGCCAGCUAGUCCCAAAGAGCGUCCGUCCAGCGUGAAGCAAUCGCUUGCUGGCGGUUGGCGACCGAAAUCUCUUGAUCGAAGCAACAAUAACAUUGCUGGCGGAAGUCCACGCAACUAUCAAAAGAGUCCCUCUAUUGGAACGCUUCGUCAACGGUCACCGGGAUCGUUCAGUGGUUCUCAGUCGUCUCUGCGCAGUUCGUCCUUGUACGGUGAGUUUGAACGCGAGUGUCUGAAGGCACACAACGAGUACCGUACGCGGCAUGGUGUGUUGCCACUGAAGCUUAGCAAACGACUCUGCCGGUAUGCCGAAGAAUGGGCCAAGGUAAUAGCGGCACGAGGUGUGCUGGUCCAUCGUAGUAACUCGCAGUACGGUGAGAACAUCUUCUGCUCUUGGAGCUCUUCGAACACGAACGUCACGGUCAGUGGCCGGGAACCGGUUGAGAACUGGUACAGCGAGAUUGACAUCCAUGUGUUUGGGAAGGAACCGGCCACCCUGAAGACUGGACACUUUACGCAGGUCGUUUGGAAGGAUAGUCGUGAGCUGGGUGUUGGUAUAGCGCGCAAUCGCUCUGGACAGGUGUUUGUGGUAGCGAAUUAUGACCCUCCCGGUAACUACAUUGGAAGCUUCGCGAAGAAUGUACCGCCAGUCGGUGGGUUCGAGGUGCCAAAAAUUAUCGUGGACAAGCCGGCUUCCGCCAACUCAACGCCAACUGCUGCUGGAGCACUGAAAUCAUCCGUCAGCGUUCGCCCACGGCCAACGGAUGGCGCAAAGAUGGAGAAGCACGUGCGCAUCGUGGAUGAGAAUGAUCCUGAUCAAUUCGAUGAGUUCUCGGUCGGUAUGCUGAAGCAUCACAACGAGUACCGUAAGCGACACGGUGUUCCGGACCUGAUUUUGCACAAAGAGCUGGUACGGGACGCCCAGCAGUGGGCGGAAAUAUUGGCCCGCGAUGAUCGGUUUACCUAUCGACAAAACUCCAAGUAUGGCGAGAAUCUCUACUGUCUCUGGUCGUCGGAUCGCAAUGCACGGCCGAACGCACGGGACGUUUGUCGAUCCUGGUACGAGGAGGUGAAGCAAUACACCUUCACCGCGGAACCACGCGGUGCCGUCAAGGGUGGUCAGUUUACGCAGAUGGUAUGGAAGGGAACGCAAGAGCUGGGCGUGGGGAUUAGCCAAACGCGCAGUGGCAAGGUGAUUGUCGUAUGUACCUACUAUCCGCGAGGAAACAUUGUGGGUCAGUUUAUGGCCAACGUUAGCAAGGCUCGUUAAGAGGUAGGGUGGUACUGCUGGCCAUCAGCAGACCGGAACGCACACAGCACCGUACCUAAUCAAACACUUUCGAGAUAAUCAGGAAACUUCGGAAGCCUUAAUCCAGGAAACAGGAAACUCCAUCCCGUAGCCAUCUUUUUAUCGCAUUACGCACGCAUCCAAGUAGCCCCGCAUUUUAAGCAUUUAAACCAUGGUAUCGCGUGGUAAGCAAGCGUCUCGGUAGAAGAAAGGGAGAUCCGGUCCGAGCCAUCCGAUCGAUGAGGUUUCUAUUUUUCUAAUCUGGAUUGUAUUGCUGAAACUUGGAACCGGGAAAGGCCAUUUACAAGGGAACUUGCACGAUGCCUUUUGGUCGCCGACGACGACGGUGACGAAUGUUUUAUAGAAAUAGCUUUCAUAAGCGAUAGUACAACAUAAUAUACAUGCAUUCACUUAAUCCAGCACAAAAGUUACGGAAUUCUGGGAAGGCCGUCGUUUAAUGAGAAAUAACCAGUCGUUGCCUGCUGCUUUACUGCUAUCGCAAUUCAAUUCAACCGUUACCAAUAUGCACACGAAACAGUUCAAUAAAUCAUGUAAAAUCAA